UCCGGAGUUCCCAUUCGGCAAUCCCGUAAUCCCCUUAUCUCCUCCCCUCCAGAAAAUAUCCACUCAUCUAAAACCAGGAUCACCUCCAAUCUCCCUCACUCUCUUACUCCUCCAGCCAUGGCGAUGACCUCCCCCUCUCUGUUUGCCUCAUCCCCGCUCAACCCCACUCGCCCCCUCUCCCUCUCCUUCUCCAAACUCGACGCCGCCACGCCCGCCCUAAACCCUAACCCUAAUCCUCCCCCCGCCGGAUUUACCCCUCCCCAACUCGAUCCCAACACCCCCUCCCCGAUCUUCGCCGGCAGCACCGGCGGCCUACUCCGCAAAGCCCAAGUCGAAGAAUUCUACGCCAUAACAUGGGACUCCCCCAAGCAGCAGGUCUUCGAAAUGCCCACCGGCGGCGCCGCCAUCAUGCGCGAGGGUCCCAAUCUCCUCAAAUUAGCUCGCAAGGAACAGUGUCUUGCCCUAGGUACUCGCCUCCGAUCCAAAUACAAGAUCAAUUACAGGUUCUAUCGCGUCUUCCCUAAUGGCGAGGUGCAGUACCUUCAUCCCAAGGAUGGGGUUUAUCCGGAGAAGGUGAACCCGGGAAGGCAGGGCGUCGGCGUUAAUGACCGCAAUAUCGGGAAGAACGCCGAUCCGAUCACCGUCAAGUUUACAGGUAAGCAGGUUUAUGAUUUGUAGAAUCGUUUGGAGAUCUUGAUCUUGUUUUUAUGAUGUUUGUUUUGUAACUAUGGUUUAUGGAUGAUGGGAAUUGAUUGCUGUUUGAUUUUGGUCUUGAUUGAUGUUUAUGCUAUGUUAA